AUGUUGCUCUCACCGCUCUUCACGCCGCUCGCCUCGCUCGCCGGCGGCUUGGCCAUUGGCGCGUCGUCGUCGUUGUUGCUGGCGACCCAAGGGAAAAUUCUCGGCGUAUCCGGCAUCGCCUACAUGUCAGCAUCGCCCGACACGCAUGUCUCCAACCGCACCUGGCGACUCGCCUUUCUCUCCGGCAUGGUUGCUGCCGGAUCGGGCCUCGCUGUCCUGGCGCCUGCCGUCUUUGGUCCGGCCCUUGUCCCUGGCGCCCUCCCUGUCGCUCCUCUCGCCGCCUCGGGCGUGCUGACAGCUAAUGCCGCCUACGCCGCCGCGGGCUUCCUCGUCGGCCUCGGCACCAAGAUCGGCUCCGGCUGCACCUCGGGCCACGGCGUGUGUGGCCUUCCGCGCUGGUCGGCACGCUCGCUCGUCGCCGUCCUCUCCUUCAUGUCCUCCGCCGCCGCCACCCUCGCCAUCACGGCAGGCCUCGGAUGGACCUCGCCCGUCGCCGUCCCGGCCGCAGGCUCGGCCGUCGCCUCGACCUCGCCGCUCGCCCCCGCCGUCGCCGCCGUCCUCGCCGCCGCUGCCCUCGCCUGGCCGGCCGAUGCCACCCCGCUCGCCAACAAGCUCAUGGCGGGCGCAUGGGGCAUGCUCUUUGCCUCGGGCCUCGGCCUCGCCGGCAUGCUCAACCCGCUCAAGGUCCUCGGCUUCCUCUCGCCCUCUGCCGUCGCCGGCGGCUGGGAUCCCAGCCUCGCCCUCGUCAUGGGCGGCGCCGUCGCCUUUAAUCUCGUCGCCUUCCCCAUCCUCACCGCCCGCGGCUCCACCGUCACCUCGCCGGCCCUCCCGCUCGACCUGCCGACCUCCUCUGAUCUCAACCCGCGCCUCAUUGGCGGCUCGGUCCUCUUCGGCCUCGGCUGGGCCAUCGCCGGCUUCUGCCCGGGCCCGGCCAUUGCCUCGCUCGCCACCGCCCAUCUCUCGCCGCAUCUCCUCACCUGGCUCGCCGCCUUUGCCGCCGGCCAGACCACCUACCACCUUGCCUUCCGCUAA